AUGAGCGUCUUAGCGGGUGCACCUUCUGAAGUCACUCAAAGCGACACCCACUAUCCAAGAGACUCGUAUGAUGCUGUUGCCGCCCUUAAAAUCCUCAAGCGGUGGUUGCCGGCCGAACUAGGCCUGGCCAUUCUACAUUAUGCAGGGUAUUGGCUUCGGUCUCGUGUAGCUAGACAAGCGAGUGUUCGUUUCUCAGAAUCCCUGUGUCACGACGGAUCCCCGUACCUGCUGUCAGAGCCCAUAAAGGGCAAGCGAUUCCCUGUUCAGCAGAUCAUAAUCGACAUUUGGAGCCACGACCAAGGCUGGAGUUCUUAUCCGGAAGACCAUGGUACAUACAGAGGCUCGUGGACGUGGUUCGAUCUCGGAAUCCAAAGGCCACUGGGGAGGGGGGAGAUUGCAAUGGAUCUUCCACCACUAGUCACAAAUGUACAUGCAAGCUCGGAGACCAGGCAUCAUCAGGUCGUGUAUCAGAGACAUGAGCAGCUCUGGAUGGGCAAUCUUCAGGCAGGAGACCGGAUCUCGAUUGCUCCACGAGCGCGUUUUCCUGGCUGGGUGAAUUUCACGGAGGGAGCUUCGAUUGAGAUUUAUACCGAUCUGUUUUGA